ACACUGUGUUCCCUCUGUCCCCCUCAGAUUCCAGCUCUGGGGCAGGAAGGUGUCCUGCAGGAGCUGAUGCUCGGAGUGGGGCAGCCCCCAGACCCUGGGAUCAGCGAGGAGCAGCGCCGGGCUCGGGAGGAAUGGGAGGCUCUGGAAGAGAUCCAGUCAGGGUUGGGGGGCACCUCAGCYGCGCCCCCUCCUCCGAUUUCCUUCACUGAGGCGCUGCAGUACUUCCAGAGCGCGGAGCUCUCCGAGAGCCGGGGGAAGGUGCGGGUGCUGAGACGCCGCGGGGGCCUGGCUGCCCUGCUCCGCUGCCUCCGGGGGCCUCCCCAGCUCCGGCCACAGCUCCGGGGAGAGCAGGAGCUGGCGCUGGCCAUGGCACAGUGUGCCCUGGAUGACUCUGAGCGGGUGCACAUGCGGAUCCUCCAGACCAUCUACCAGCAGCUGACACGCUCCAAGCUGGGCUGUCCACGCUAUGGAGCACACUGGGAGGAACUGGGCUUCCAGGGUGCAGAUCCUGGGACUGACCUGCGUGGGACGGGAAUGCUGGGGCUGAUGCAGAUCCUGUUCUUUGUCCUGGAUUCCCGGACACUGCCACUGGCACGGGAGAUUUUCCAGCUUUCCCAMCAUGAAACCCAGAAUUUUCCCUUCUGCAUCAUGUCCGUGAACAUCACCCGGAUUGUCAUCCAGGCUCUGCGGGAGGAGCGGCUCUCCCGGGAAUGCAACCGGCGGCAGCAGGUCAUCGGGGUGCUCAACGACCUGUACGCCGCUGCCUUCCUGCAGCUCUUCCGCCUCUGGAAGUGCCAGCACGGGACCAUCGCUGACGCCGGCUUCUUCCUCAAGGAGCUGGAAUUAUCCACCAAAAAGAAGCCAAGGCAGCUGCUGAAAUCCCUGGAAGCCUAUGUGAGCCGUGGUCUUCCAUCUCCUUCUGCUCCCUCCUCUCAUUCCCCCCAGAUCCACUUCACCAGCAUUUGUGACCCCGGGGUCGAGCUGGAGGGAGAUUCCCGACUGAUCUGACACGGAGUGGGAUGCUGCAUAGGGAAUUCUGUGGAUGCAUCAGCCCUUGGAGGGUGACACAGCAGUGUUACCCCUGGUUUGGGGGCUCAGGAAGAGCUCUGAGGUCACAGAGGUGGGAUUUCACCUGCUCCAGGUGGAUAUCUCUGGAAGCGAUGGAGGAAAAGGCAGUGGAGCAGGAGACGCCGUGAGCCACCCAGCCUGGUGCUGGGAUASUCCCUCUGUCCAUCCCAAAUCCAGGGUCCCACCUGUCCUUACCCUCCCCAGGUAGAGCUGGAAGGUGGUGCUGGGUUCCUGGAUCCCAUUUUGGCUCCAGCAGCGCCUGGGAGGGGUAACCCCACACUUUGGGCUGUGGCAGUUUUAUGGAGGGCUGAGGGUGACUGUGGGGUGUCAGCGCAUAAAGAAAUUAUUAAAGCAGGGAGGUGAGGGUUCUGAUGGAAAACAGUUUUGGGUUUGGAUUUGCCACUGGAUUCUGUGGCUGGGGAAGUAAAAGGAAAGUGGGUAUCCAAUUUGGGGUSAAAAGGGUGCUGUGGAGGAGAGAAAUGAGGGUUGAGAGCUCCAAGGAAGAGGGAAAGGGUUAUUCCCUCUGGAAGCAACUCAGAGCCAGUGCUUGGGAAUGKCCCCGGGCCCUUAAGAGUGGGGAAAAGUAGCCCCCAAAGCCCAUAUCUGAAGAGAAAUUAAAGGUUUGGAGGAGAGAAGUGGGAGCUGGCUKGAGAAUGGAGCAUUGUGGCUCCCAGCCACCCUGAGAGGGCAGUGAUUCCUGGGGGCUGGGAAUGCUCUGGAUGGAAAAAAAUAAAAUAAAAAGGAGCUUGGAGCUGGGGUUUGCUCUCCUGAUCUUCA